GUCAUAAGCGUAUACGGAUCCUCCCCGUUUCCUAUAUCCUCUCUCGAACUGGACAUCUUUCCGGCAUCUGUACCGUAACCGUUGUUAUCUACGCCACCACCUUCGCCGCCGCCUUUUCCAAUAUCGCUGCCGCCUUUCUGAAAGUAGGAAUCGAAGUAAAACUUAUGGAACUGAUAGCUGAGUUGCAAGAUAUGGUGGAUGAUGGUAACACCUAUGAAAGAUCACCCUCGCUUCCCCUUCGAACGGUGGAUGAAAUUCUCCUUCUCUAUGACUCUUCUUCUUCGUCUGGUUCGCCUUCUCCGCCUUCUUCCCCCUUGCAUUCUAGUAGCAAUGGUGAUUAUGCUGCAAUUAAUUUGUAUCAUGGUAGGUCGUCCUCAUUGUCCUCCCCUGUCUCUCAAUUAGAUCAUGCAGAUGUCAAUGGUGAUAAGGAUGUGUCUAAUAGUAGUCAUAAUAGCAAGGAUGUUAGUAAUGACAAUGCUAGUGUUCAUAGCAAUAGUUCUUUGGAAAAUUCCUCUGCAGCUCCGAUCCCAAGGCUGCUAUCUCAUACUCAUUCUUUAGAUUCUAUCUUGGAUCGUUCUUCAUCGAAUACAAGUCUUCAUAUCAGUAAUAGCAGUAGUAGGUUAAAUUUGGGUGAUUCUUCAUCUGCGCGGACCACCCUUCAAAGUUCAGCAUCCAUUAGUCUUCCUCCGCUUUUUACUGCCAUCAAAUCCAAUGUCAAACCCGGAGCUGCCCUUGCCGCUGCUGCGGCUGCCUCUCGCUCCAUACCCACUCGCAAUGCUGCUGCAAUGAAGUCCUCUAGAACUGCUGCCGCUACUGUUGGCCCGGUCUUCAAUUCUUUUCCCAGUUCCAAUUCUGAGCCAUCAGCCUCUGCGGAGAUUGACACUGAAGAGGUUCAUGAUCCACAUAGCUCUCGGUCAACCAUAGGAAGAGGACUUCAACGAGAAAAUUAUGUAGAGGAAGAAAUUGAUGGCAGCAAGCAAUUUUGUGAUGUACAGGAUCCUGAUAAUUUCCUGACGGAACCAACUCUGAUUGAACGGAAUGCUGAAUCUUUUCUUCCCAGGCAUUCCUUUGUUGAAAUUGAUGAUGAUGGUUCAGCUGCAGGAGCUGUAGCUUCAUCUCCUACUCUAGAAUCUUCUAUGAAAUAUUUGGAUGUCGAUGAGAAUUCAACCGCUGCAUCUGUUGAAUUGUUGGAUACUGAAAUCAUGCAGUUUCAACCAUCUUCUUCAUCAGAAGCUCAUGAUAAGGAGGACAAGAGUGACGAGGAUGCAAAAUUUCAUUCUACCAACAUGGUCCAACAGGAGCAGACUCAUACAGUACCUAAUACUGACAAGGAAAACACUUUGCCCAUGGAUGAAAUGCAUGGUCAGGAAGAUGCCAUUCUUCAGCCUGAAGAUGAUGUGUCGAGUCCAAGUAGAGAGGAUCUUCUUGCUGAGACUGAUCUGGAUGCAGCUUGGCUACGUAAUAAUAAUGAGGAUAUCAGAAGUAUGGACAAGAAGUCACGCCAAAGGUCCAUGACCCCCCUUGAAGUGGCUGAAGAACUUGAGAAGAAGCAAGCAUUUACGGGGUUACAUUGGGAAGAGGGUGCUGCUGCUCAACCAAUGAGGCUUGAGGGUGUUCGGCGGGAGUCAAUUAUGCUGGGCUACUUCCAUAUUGAUUCCAAUAAUACCAUUACUCGAACUUUCUCAUCUUCAGCCUUCAGGAGGGAACAUGGGUAUCCUCUGGUCCUUUCCGUUCAUAUGUAUUACAUUGCUAUAGGAAUGUCUAAAGGAGUCAUUAUUAUUGUGCCAAGCAAAUAUUCUCCUUACCAUCCUGACAACAUGGAUGCAAAGAUGUUGAUGCUUGGAUUACAAGGGGACAGGUCCUAUGCUCCUGUAACUUCUAUGUGCUUUAAUCAGCAAGGGGAGUUCCUCUUUGCCGGAUAUGGCGAUGGGCAUAUUUCUGUGUGGGAUGUGCAAAGGGCCUCGGUAAUUAGGGUUGUAACUGAGCAUAAAGCUCCCGUAGUGCAUAUGCUAUAUUUGGGGCAGGAUUCUCAAGUUAGCAAACAACUGAAUGUUGUUAGUGGUGAUAGCAAAGGUGUAGUUAAGUUGAUUCGGUUUUCUUUCGUCCCCUUGGUUAACAAGAUUUAUCUCAACAAGGCAACGGUCCUUUGCAAUGAAAAAAUGGGUGUUGUAAUCUGUGCAUCUUCCUUGAUCUCUGGCGAGUCCUUAGUUGGUGCAUCGACUACUCCCCAAGGGAGCAAUGUUAGUGCAACAAGUGCUAUUGGAAGCAUGAUGGGAGGUGUUAUAGGAGUUGAUGCUGGUUCAAAAUAUUCCCCUACACCUGAAGAUGGUGUCGUCGUAUUUGUUUUUCAUCAAAAUGCUUUGGUGGCAAAAUUAGUUCCUUCUUCGGAUAAUGUGGUAAAAUAUGCUCAUAUUCCGAAGCCUGAAGGUGCUGGUGGAAGUUCAAUGCCUUACGUGUCUUGGAGAUCCAUACCUGAUUCAAAUGGUGUUUCAACAGAAACGGGCCGUGUUGAACCAUCAGAAAGAGCUUCAUAUCUUGCUAUUGCUUGGGAUCGAACGGUUCAGGUAGCUAAGUUGGUUAAGUCAGAACUGGGAAUUUAUAGCAAAUGGACCAUAGAUAAUCCUGCAGUUGGUGUGGCUUGGCUCGAUGAUCAGAUGCUGGUGAUUCUCAACUCAAUUGGACAACUUGGGAUGUUCACCAAAGAUGGAAGCAUGAUUCACGAGACCAGAUUUUCUGUUGAUGUUUCUAGAGGAGAUGAUUUGAUUACAUAUCAUACCUACUUUAACAAUUCUUAUGGGAAUCCUGAGAAAGCCUACCAUAAUUGUGUAGCUGUAAGGGGAGCUAGUAUAUAUGUACUUGGACCAUCCCAUCUUUUGAUUUGCCGGCUUCUUCCCUGGAAGGAACGUAUUGAGGUUUUGCGGAGAGCAGGUGAUUGGAUGGGAGCCUUGAACAUGGCUAUGACUCUUUAUGAUGGUCAAGCUCAUGGAGCCAUUGAUCUUCCAAGAACUUUGGAUGAUAUUAAAAAAACGAUCAUGCCAUACCUAUUACAGCUUCUCUUGUCAUAUGUUGAUGAGGUGUUUUCUUAUAUAAAAGUUGCAUCUGGAAACCAAGUGGGAAACACAGAAAAAUUAAAUAAUGCAAUGAGUAGUAGUUCUGAUCAUCCUGAAAUAAAGGAGCAGUACAUCCGUGUUGGCGGUGUUGCUGUCGAGUUUUGUGUCCAUAUUAAGAGAACGGAUAUUCUAUUUGAUGAAAUCUACUCCAAAUUUGAUGCUGCUAAACAUAAAGAAACAUUUUUGGAACUGCUGGAGCCUUACAUAUUGAAGGACAUGCUGGGCUGCUUACCCCCUGAGAUUAUGCAAGCUCUAGUGGAGCAUUAUAGCUUUAGAGGUUGGUUACAAAGGGUCGAACAAUGCAUUCUUCAUAUGGACAUUGCGUCAUUGGAUUUCAACCAGGUGGUACGCUUAUGCAGGGAGCAUGGGCUACAUGGUGCAUUAAUAUAUUUGUUUAACAAAGGUCUAGAUGAUUUCAGGACACCAUUGGAGGAGCUCUUAGGAGUUUUUCAAAAUUGUGAGGGAGAAAGUGCUUCUACCGUCGGGUACAGAAUUCUUGUUUAUCUGAAGUACAGUUUCCAGGGUCUUGCAUUUCCGCCAGGACAUGGAACCCUUCCUGCUACUCGCCUGUUGUCUAUUAGGGAAGAGAUUCUGCAGUUUCUGCUGGAUUUUUCUAGUAUCCCAAAUUCAAAGGCAGCAACCUGCUUGCCAUCUCUUGAUCGAUCACCGAAUUUAUGUCAUCUGUUACAAUUGGAUACCCUAGCUACUUUAGAUGUACUAAGAAGUGCAUUCAUGGAGGAUACUCUUCCAUGUUCUAACUAUCAUGGUGAGGUCUCAUCUGAGUCAAGUGAAGUGAAGGUGUUGGGUGCUGAAAGUCAAAAUUUACUCCAGAAAUUAGUUGAUCUAAUUUCUAUGAUUCUCGAUGCUAGUUAUUUCCAAAUGGGUUGUUCUAUGAGCAGCAGUGAUGGUUACGCAAUCGAGACUUGGCCUUCAAAGGAAGAUGUUGGCUACAUGCUUGAGUUUAUAACUUAUUACGUUGCAUGCGAAAGGGCUAAAGUCUCUCGAGAUACUCUAAGUCAUAUUUUGGAGUAUUUGACGUCAGUAUUUAUCCCUCCACCCAGUGAUUCAGCACAAAAUAUUCAAAUUUUCAAAGCAAGAGAGAAGCAACUGCUGGUAGUUCUAGACGCAGUGCCUGAUACAGAUUGGGAUGCUCCUUAUCUUUUACAUUUAUGUGAAAGAUGUCAGUUUCAUCAGGUCUGCGGCUUCAUACAUUCAAAGAGACAUCAGUAUGUUGCUGCUCUGGAUAGUUAUAUGAAAGCUGUUGAUGAGCCCGUUCAUGCUUUCUCUUUUAUCCAUGAUUUGUUGCAACAAUGGGAUGAAAAACAAUCUGAAAGCUUCCGAGCGGCAAUUGUAUCACGAGUUGUGCAUCUGGUUAAAUUAGACAGAGAAGGAACUUUCUUUUUACUCAUUCGCCAUUUUAAUGAGCAAAGUCAAAUUUUGCUUUCUGAGUUAGAGGCUCAACCGGAAUGUCUUUUCCUUUAUCUCAAGACACUUAUUGAGGUUCACACAACUGGAAAUCUCCAAUUCUCCCGCUUAACAAAUGAUGAUAAAGUAUUUUGCCCCAUUGAAAGAAGGGUAAGGCACCAGUCUGACAGAGUUAGAGUAUUCCGGGAAGCUCUGAUUGGCUUUCCUAAACUUCUGCGGAGUAGUCCCAUCCAACUGACAGAUGAAAUGACGGAGCUUUACUUUGAGUUAUUAUGUCGCUACGAGCGAGAAUCGGUUCGAAAAUUCUUGGAGACAUUUGAGAGCUACAGACUGGAGAACUGUUUAAGCUUAUGUCAGGAUUAUGGAAUUGUAGAUGCAGCUGUUUUCUUGUUGGAGAGGGUUGGUGAUGUGGGUAGUGCUCUUUCGCUGAUUCUUUCUGGCCUAGAUGAAAAAUUUGUGAUUCUUGAUGCCUCUAUUGGAAGUGGACACUCUGAUCCAGUUUCAGCUAAACUUGGAAAAAUUUUGGAGAAGAAGGAGGUCAGAGACAUUAUUGAUAUUGUGCACUCUUGUAUUGGGCUGUGCCAACGUAACAGCCCUCGUUUGGGCUCUCAUGAAUCUGAGUGCCUCUGGUUUCAGUUACUUGACUCGUUCUGUCUUCCUUUGGCAGAUUCAUCUCAUGAAGAUGGAUCUUCUGAGGAAUCAUGUCAACAAAUUCGAGACAAGUCACAUGUAGUGCAAGAGCAUGAAGGAGCAUGCACUGUCAAAUGGAAGAUAUUGAAAUCACUGCAAAACUCUCAAAUUUUGAAGAAACUGAUAUCUGUUGUUAUCCGAGAGAUUGUUGAGGGAAUGAUUGGUCAUGUUCCCAUUCCAACUAUUAUGUUGAAACUUCUUUCAGAUAAUCGUAUCCAGGAGUUUGGUGACAUUAAACCUACCAUAUUGGGUAUGCUUGGAACUUACGACUUUGAGAGAAGAAUCCUGGACACGGCCAAAUCUUUGAUUGAGGAUGAUGCUUAUUACACCAUGAACUUGCUCAAGAAGGAAGCUUCUCAUGGGUAUGCCCCGCAGGAUAUAACAUGUUGUAUAUGCAAUAGCCCACUUGCAAAAGAUUCCGGCAUUCAAGUUUUCAGUUGCAGUCAUGCGUUACACAUUCGCUGUGCACACCACGAGAAACAGACUUCUGUUGGGGCUAUAUCAGCUGGAUGCCCUAUCUGUGUGGCAGGGAAGAAUGCUCAGAUAUCUAGCAAAACUGUUCUUGACUUUGGAUUGAUGAGAGCUUCUACAGGAUUGCAGAAAGCACAAGGAACAAGUUCCUCGCAUUCACAAGAUAAUGAUGUCUUUGAGGCUUCUUAUGUCUACCAACCAGUUUCAAGGGUAAAAGUUUUCUUCUUGAGUAGUUUUGUAAGUCCUAUUUCUCUGUUUUUUUGUUAACAUGAUGGUUUGUUUUGGUUGAAGCAGUUUGAGUUCUUGAACAGUCUCCAUAAAGACCAAAAAUCAACUCAAAUAGAAACUAUGCCUCCACUACGGCUUGCUCCUCCAGCUGUUUACCAUGAGAAGGUGAAGAAAGGGAUUGAGCUUUCGGCUGCCGGGCGCAUUAACGGCUCUGCUCAAGCUGAAAAGUCAAAUACAAGCAGGCAGUCUAAAAACAUAAAGGUGAACGAAUCAUCAGUUAAGUUUGCAUUGAGAUCGACUAUAUUUGGUAAGUAGUUUUAUUUUAUCGAAUUCAAAUAUCCUACUCUUCCUAUUACCAUAUCUAAGUGGAUCAUGUGGUUGUAGGGAAAGAGAAGAGAAACAAGCUGCCACAAUGACAUUGCGUCUUUUCUGCUAUUGAUUUGAGCAAAAAAUGGAGCUUUUCUGUCACGAGUCUGUUAGCUUGAUUAACGAGUUCGGCAUCAAUCAUGUAAAUAAGGCAAAUUUUGGUCGUUUAACCUCACCUGUCCAUAAAUACUUAGGUUUACAAGCAAUUUCGUACUCUUUUUACCCAGAGAAGGUGACAGUAAAUAGAAUUCACAAGUUUCAGUGUGAGCAAUGUGGAUCUGUAAUGUAAAGCUGUAUGUUUCAAUUGCUGAUGUAGUUCUCAAAUCAACAGAACACAGUUUAGCAGCGGGCUUUUUCCCAAAAAAAUUAAAUAACAUAAACGUGGACAAAUUUAAAUUUUUCAGAAUAUUUGUGGACAGAAUUAUAUUGCUUGGAUUUCUGAAAUCCGAGUUUAGAUUAAAAUUAGAGA